AUGACAUCGUUCGCUGGCAACCUCUUCACCUUCGUCUUCCUCUCUCUCCUCAUCUUCUCCCUUCGCAUGGUCGUCGAAAAUGGGACCCACUUCCUCACCUCAUUCGUCAACCACGACCCUUCUCUCAAAUCCCUCAUCUCCUGCCUUGACCUCGCUGGCCCCGACAAUACUAACUGCCGCUCUCCCAAUUCUCCAACCGAGUCCCCUUCUCCGAUCUCUCUCCGCCGCCGACACUGCCCAUUUCUUCACCUCACUGGCUUCGGAACCUUAGAUGAUGAUUUCUUCUCUGGGUUUAAUGAAACUUACGGAACUAGGGUUUCUGAAAUUGCGCGCUCUAGCCUCACGUUCAAGGCUGAGAAAUUCACCAUUUCUGAUGACAGAGCUAGAGGCAGAGAUAGCGACGGAGAAAGCAAUGAAGGGGAGGAGAAAGGCAACGAUGAAGAAAUGGACGAUCGGGUCGUCGAUUUGCAAUUCUUAAUCAACGGAUUGGAGCUGGGUCGCCGGGACGUGGCGACGUUGUUCUUCCUCCUGAAAGUGUGA